CGCGAGGAGGGUUUUUGUGCCGUCGUGGCUAUAGCAUUCUUCACUCCCGCAACUUUCGUUCUGUUAAAGGCGGCGAAACACUUUCGUUCAUUUAUUCAUUCGUUCAUUCCAUGAUUCCACACUCUCACUGCUCUAUGAAUUUGGAACCCUUUUUCCCACUCUCACCAUCUUCACCUCUCUUUCUUUUCUCCUUCGUCUCGUUCCCAUUCCAUUCAAAUUGAUGUUCCCUUCCUCCAUUUCCCUCGCCAAGGGACUCGAUUCUCUUCCCUGCCCUCUUCUUUCCCAACCCUCUCUCUCCGUCAUUUCAUCGAACAUGUGGCGCCACGCUGCGAGACAAGCCUGCCGCGGUGUUAGCGUCAACUUCCACUCUCCCAGACUCCUCUCUUUCUCCCGUGCUUCCCUUUACUCUCCCAGAACCAAUAUUCUGUCCAACUUGCCACAACGAUACUGUGUUAGGUGCGACCGUUUUCAGUUUCCAUUGCGCGCUAAAGGGUUCUCCGGCGUUGCUGAGGCGGUUUCUUCCACGGACGUAGAUGAAGAUGGGACUUCUGUUGAUGAAAUUCAGCAGCUGCUGUUGCAGGAGAUGGAUAAAGAAGAGCAGGUGCAGUUUAUGGAGGAAGAGGCUGCUGGGGAAAUCCAGCAGCUGCUGUUGCAGGAGAUGGAUAAAGAAGAGAGGAGUGGAUUGUUGGAGAAAGAGGCUUCCCCGGCUGAUGAAAUUCAACAACAGCUGUUACAGGAUAUGGAUAAAGAAGAGAAGAGUGAAUUGGAGGAUGAAGAGGCUGCCCCAAUUGGUGGAAUUCGAGAACUGUUGCAGGGGAUGAAGAAGGAGAAGCAGAAGGAGGUGGUUGGUCAUAGGUGGCAAAAUCAGGUGAAGGGCGUGGGGCAGUCUAGGUACCAGGAGCUGAGAAGAAGGCAGGUGAAGAUCGAGACCGAGGUGUGGGAGGAGGCGGUAAGGGAGUAUAGGGAGCUUUUGGCGGACAUGUGUGAGCAGAAGUUGGCACCCAACUUGCCGUACAUGAAGUCGCUAUUUCUUGGCUGGUUUGAGCCUCUGAGGGAUGCCAUUGCCAAGGAACAGGAAAUGUAUAAUUCAGGGAGGAAUAGGACAGCCUAUGCACCGUACUUUGUGCAGUUACCGGCGGACAAGAUGGCGGUUAUCGCAAUGCAUAAGUUGAUGGGGCUUUUGAUGACCGGAACCGAGAAUGCCACCGUUGGCACUGCCAGGGUUGUGCAGGCUGCGUGCGGUAUAGGUGAUGCCAUUGAAAAUGAGGUUAGAAUAUACAAGUUUUUGGAGAAAACUAAGAAGAAAAAGGGUGAUAGAAGCAAGAAAAACGAAGCAGUCGAGUCUGUUGGUGACAUCAAAGAAGAACAAAAGCUACGGAAAAAAGUCAUUGAUUUGAUGAAAAAGCAAAAGCUAGCCGCAGUUAGGGGGCUGGUGAAGGACAAGGACAAUACAAAAGCGUGGGGAACAGUCAUAAAGACAAAGGUCGGAAGCCGUUUAAUUGAGCUCUUGUUGCAAACAGCAUAUAUACAACCAUCAUCAGAUCAAUUACUGGAUGAUGCACCUGAUAUCCGACCUGCAUUUAUUCAUUCAUUUAUAACAGUGACAAAAGAGUCAAUUAAAUCAAGCAGAAGAUAUGGUAUUAUUCAAUGUGACCCUCUAAUUCUUAAAGGCCUUGACAGAACUGCCAAAAAUAUGGUUAUUCCUUAUAUGCCUAUGUUGGUUCCACCAGUCAACUGGACAGGUUAUGACAAAGGUGGGCACUUGUUCUUACCUUCUUAUGUCAUGCGUACUCAUGGAGUCAGGCAACAACGAGAAGCUAUUAAGAGGGCCCCCAGGAAGCAAUUAGAGCCUGUAUUUGAGGCUCUGGAUACUCUUGGGCAUACAAAAUGGAGGAUAAAUAAAAAGGUACUGAGUGUUGUAGACAGGAUAUGGGCUAGUGGAGGCCGUCUUGCUGAUUUGGUGGACCGCGAUGAUGUUCCUUUACCUGAUGAACCAGAUACUGAUGAUGAAGCAAAGAUAAAGAAAUGGAGGUGGAAAGUCAAAUCUGUGCAGAAAGAGAACAGAGAGAGAUAUUCACAACGUUGUGACACAGAACUUAAACUUACUGUAGCACGGAAAAUGAAGGAUGAAGAGGGCUUUUACUACCCACACAACGUUGAUUUCCGAGGGCGUGCAUAUCCCAUGCACCCACACUUAAAUCACCUUGGUUCAGAUUUGUGCCGGGGAAUAUUGGAAUUCGCAGAUGGACGCCCUCUUGGAAAGUCUGGCCUACGGUGGCUGAAGAUACACUUAGCAAAUCUCUAUGCUGGCGGUGUUGAUAAACUAUCCCAUGAGGGACGCAUAGCAUUUACUGAAAAUCAUUUUGAAGACAUAUUUGAUUCUGCAGACAAACCUCUUGAAGGGAGGCGGUGGUGGUUGAAAGCAGAGGAUCCAUUGCAGUGCUUAGCUGUGUGCAUAACUCUAACUGAAGCUUUGAAAAGCCCGUCACCCGAAACAUUCAUCUCACAUAUUCCAGUACAUCAGGAUGGCUCCUGCAAUGGUUUACAACAUUAUGCUGCCCUAGGGAGAGACAAGUUAGGAGCUGUUGCUGUCAAUCUAGUUGCAGGAGAGAAGCCAGCAGAUGUUUACUCAGGAAUAGCAGCUAGAGUAUCAAACAUCAUGCAUAGGGAUGCUCAGAAAGAUCCUACAAUUUUUCCUGACGCUCUUCAUGCGAAGGCUUUAGUUAAUCAGGUCGAUAGAAAAUUGGUUAAGCAGACAGUGAUGACAUCAGUGUAUGGUGUCACUUACAUUGGUGCACGGGAACAGAUAAAGAGGAGAUUGAAGGAAAGGAAUGCCAUUUCAGAUGAUACAGAGCUCUUUGGUGCUUCUUGUUAUGCUGCAAAGGUCACUUUAACUGCCUUAGAGGAAAUGUUUCAAGGUGCGCGAGGUAUCAUGAACUGGCUUGGUGACUGUGCGAAAAUAAUUGCAUCUGAAAAUCAACCAGUACGCUGGAGCACUCCUCUUGGACUUCCUGUAGUGCAACCUUACCGAAAACUAGGAACACAUAUUAUCAAAACUUCACUUCAGAUGUUGACAUUGCAACGAGAAACAGACAAGGUCAUGGUUAGGAGGCAGAGGACAGCAUUUCCGCCAAAUUUUGUUCACUCGCUUGAUGGUUCUCAUAUGAUGAUGACUGCGGUUGCCUGCAAACAGGAAGGCUUGGAUUUUGCAGGGGUUCAUGAUUCAUAUUGGACGCAUGCAUGUGAUGUGGAUAAAUUGAACAGAUUACUGCGAGAGAAAUUUGUAGAACUCUACGAGACCCCAGUACUGGAAAAUUUACUGGAAAGCUUUCAGAGUUCUUUCCCUUCACUAUCUUUUCCACCCUUGCCCGAACGAGGAGACUUUGACUUAAGGGAAGUUUUAGAGUCACCAUAUUUCUUCAACUGAUCACCAUCUGCAGCCUUGUCUAAGGCUUGGACUGUGUCUUUUAGGGCUCACUGACAUCUCAUGUUAUUUCUGUGUGAGCAUGGCAAGGACAGCUAUCCAUUAUGGAGAGGCUAUUUCAAUGGCGAUGUAUAUAUCUUCGAAGGCACCCAGAGCCUUGAGGAGUACCUUUAUGGUAUGAUAGGAAAUCCACCUCUUGCUAACACAGUAUAAGAGUCAGAAAUCUUUGAUGCUGGUGCAGCUUUCUGAAGGUUCCGAAGAAGAGCCAAAGGUUUCAAAUUUCCAUUUCCGCGCAACGAAUUUCAUUUAUUAUUUGAAGGGUGUGGAGUAUCAUUAACAAUGGGUGGCGAAUCUGUGACAAUUCUGCUCCCACUCACCAUGCAAUUUAUGGUAUGGAUAGCGGCAGCGCAUCUUGAAAACAGCAGGGAAUUCUACACUGUUCAUUCACAUUUGUACAAGUUUUUUUGUUUCUGUAAAUAUGAAGAAAACAAUUUUGCUUGGACUAGUGUACCUACAUGAUUUAUUUAUAGUAUACGUGUAUCAACCUGUAAAAGCUUAGUGAUUAAUCCAUCACAUAUUGGUCAUCGGUCAUCA